UGCUGACAGAUUCCCUGUCUGGUGAGGGUCUGUUCCUCGUAGACAGUAGCUUCUUACUGUGUCCUUGCAUGGUGGAAGGCGCAAGUGAGCUCCCUUGGGCCUUUUAUAAGGGCGCUAACCCUAUUCAUGAGAUCCCUUGUAACCUAAUCACCUCCUGAAGACCCCACCACUUAAUACUAUUGCACUGGGCAUUAGGUUUCAACAUAGGAAUUUUGGAGGCACACAGACAUUCAGGGUACAGCACCGAGCAUGUGUACUAUGAUUUUUAGUUAAUAUUAGUUUUAUUUUAAUAACUCAAAUCCUUUUAUCUGUCUUAAAAUAUACCCUUAUAUGUCUUUAUAAAAUGUCUCUACCCCUGGAAAUACAGUUUCUGACAAGUAUAUUUUUUUCAUUCACACCAAGAAAAUUAUCGAAUGCCUAGCACGUGUGCAUACCAGAUGCUAUUGGGCAGUGGGAGUAGAGAGGAUUCGAUUGUGGAAGAGGCAUGGGGGCUAUGGUUCUCAGCUGAUUCUGCAAUAUGGUUCCCCUCUUUAUGGAUGGGAAUUAGAGGUGGAGGUAGUGGAGCUGAAGAUACUCUUGGAAUUGUUCCAUCUUCUGUUGUCCUGACUUCUUUCCAGGUGAUGUCAAGAGUUUUUCUAAUAUGGGCAGUAACACAUAGCGUCAAAGAGGUACAGAGUGAAGACAGUGUCCUCCUGUUUGUUAUUGCCUGGACGAUCACGGAAAUCAUCCGUUACUCCUUUUAUACAUUCAGUCUGUUAAACCAUCUGCCUUACCUCAUCAAAUGGGCCAGGUACACACUUUUCAUUGUGCUGUACCCAAUGGGAGUGUCAGGAGAACUGCUCACAAUAUACGCAGCUCUGCCCUUUGUCAGACAAGCUGGCCUGUAUUCCAUCAGUUUACCCAACAAAUACAAUUUCUCUUUUGACUACCAUGCAUUCCUGAUUCUAAUAAUGAUCUCCUACAUUCCAAUUUUUCCCCAGUUGUAUUUCCACAUGAUACACCAGAGAAGAAAGAUCCUUUCUCAUACUGAAGAGCACAAGAAAUUUGAAUAGUUCCUGCUUUCUGCACCUCCCACCAAAACAAACUUUUCAAUGAUCAAAAAAUGCUGCAGACUUUUUGAGUUCCCAAUACGUUUCAUAGAAAAUAAGUAAGAACUAUUUUUAAAAUAUUCAAACAAAACUAAAACAAAAAUCCAGUGUCACGUGGGCCUGAGAUUUUAUUUUAGAAAAAGAUUGUUACAUAAAACACCCUAGCCAGUUCAUCUCAGCAUGCUCUUUCAACCAGAAGUUCCUAAUAUUUAUGAUGGCACUAGAAAGGGAUUUGACAUUUUAUGUCCUUCUGUGUCCUUCAUGUAUCUGAUCAGUAAAGACCUGUAACACUAAGUACUUGAGAGUUACAGUCUGAAUAAUGAAGUCGUACCAACCGAAUAGCCCAGCUUGCAGUAUAGUUAUGUUUCAGUCUGCAGUGUGUUUAGCAUUCCCUUGUCAAAGUGCUUGACUGCAUGCUGGAAACUAUUUGUAUUUUUGAAGCGGCAAACUCUGUUCUCUGGAAUGCUCUGAAGUUAUGGCUGGGACCUAUCCCCUCAUAUCUAAUGAAUGAAUUAUAAAAUGUAUAUGCCUAUGAAGCUUCAGGGUAGUGCCUAUAAUCAGAAAACAACUUAGAACCCUUUUGUUUGUUUUAAAUUGAGUCAUUACUGCCUGCCACUAAGAAACGUGCUUGAAUCUAAUAAGUAUGUGUAUACCGUAAAGAAUAUAUCUUAUCUGGAGCUCAGCCUCAAUCAUAUCUUAACAAAAUGACAGGUCUCAGAGAGGGGGAGCUCAAUAGCUCAUAAGCGACAAGUCCUUUUCACAGCACUGUUCUCAGAACACCUCUGAGUAACGUGUUUGCCAGUAGCUAUUCUCACUGAUGCACUGAUGACCCUGAGGAAGCUGAUCCAGCCACGUAGGAAUGGAGGCUCUGUUACUGAAAGCACAUGGAACGUGUUGCUUUAGAAAGGUAGUCAGAAAACAUUCAGGAAUAGGUUUAUACACCAUUAUUGUUUUAUUUUUUAAUUUUCAUUCGCUCUUCUGUUUGGAUACUUUUGCUAAUUAAGGUCCUAUGUUAAUUUCCACCAAGCUAUAAGUCCAUAGGCAGUAAAACAUUCCACUUGGGCCAUCAUGAGCUAAAAGCAGUAUCAUCUCCGCAUGUUGGAGCAGCCAAGAAAUAGUUUGGUCCUACCGACAUUAUCUCAUCCAUGUCACAUCCUCAUAUGAUUUAAUUGCUCAACCAUGCGUUUAAAACUCCUCAAGAAAGGGCUGGUACUGCAACUGUAGGUAAACUGAAAAAAAAAAAAAGAAAAAAAGAGUUGGAUGAAAAUGUGAAAGCCCAAGUUUAGAUGUCCAUUAAGUAUUAAAUAGCACAAUAUCUUUAUGGAGCCUUUUUUCCUCCCCCACCCCCUGCAGCUUUUUUUUUUUUUUUUUUUUGGGGGGGGGUUGAUGUUGAACUUUAAGACUUUAAAAGUUUAGCUUAUUGAGUAGUUGUCAUUUAAAGUAUAAUUGCGAAUAUCAGAAAACUCAUACUGGAAAACUAAAUUUUUUUUUUUCUCUUUUGAGACGGAGUCUCACUCUGUUGCCCAGGCUGGAGUGCAGUGGCGUGAUCUCGGCUCACUGCAAGCUCCACCUCCCGGGUUCAUGCCAUCCUCCUGCCUCAGCCUCCCGAGUAGCUGGGACUACAGGUGUGUGCCACCACACCCGGCUAAUUUUUUUUUGUAUUUUUAGUAGAGACGGGGUUUCACCGUGUUAGCCAGGAUGGUCUCGAUCUCCUGACCUCAUGAUCUGCCCGCCUCGGCCUCCCAAAGUGCUGGGAUUACAGGCGUGAGCCAUUGUGCCCGGCCCCUGGAAAACUAAAUUUUUAAGUGCUUAUUUUUAUAGAAGUUUGAAAAUUUAAUGCAGGCAGGUGUGUAAUAAAUUAUUUUUGAAUUGAACUUUAAAAUUCUGCUUCUUAAAGUCAGCACUCAACUUAGGCGUGUUGAGAUUAGAAUCUAUUCUUGUAUUUGAUAGACAAAAUAUGUGGGAAAGAUUUUUUCAUGCCUUUUCUCUCGUUUUAUUCUUCCAUAAUGUAUUUCUACUAUAAAAUAGAAUCAACUUGGGUUAUAUUUGUCAUAUUACUUUAUUCUGUUAGAUUUUUUCAGUUGUUUUUGGGAAAAUUCUAGAAGUCAGGAUGAAAAAUGCAGCUUUUCCAGGGUUGCUGGACUGGGGGUUUUAUUUGGGCCGCUUUAUUAUAAUUUGUUACUACUUAUGAAAAACAUUCUGUUGCAAACAGUGCUGUUGCAUUGAAUUGAACUUUGGCAAUGAGAACACAGCACACAGCUCCCUUUUCAAAAAGGGUCUCAACCCCAGUGUGUAUUUUUGUACAUCAACAUUUAGAAUACUUAUGGCAGAUAAGUAAGGCAUGUCACUGUGUCCUUCAAUAACCUCUCUAACUGGUUUCUUUAUCCCUAACAUGAAUUCAUUUCUCCUUUGAAGUCAUUUAUUCUUUUAUAAAUUGAAAACAACCACACCACCAAAUGUCACACCUUCUUAAUAAAGUGUGAACAAGGAAUGUCAUGUUUUUGUGGGUAUUUUGUCAGACUUAGCGGUUUCAUUUCAGGGCAUAGUCAAAGGCAUCAUCUUCCCAACUACCCACUUGAUUGUGUGUUUCAGAUCCCCUCCGUGGGGGCCUUCUUCUGACAGAGAGAGUUCUUUGAGGUCCGCAGUAGUGCUUUUGUCGGCAAAGACUGCUAAUCUGCAUCUUGCUGCGUUAUGUUUGCUGAGGUUGGGCUCAUUCAUUUAACAUGUACCAACCGUUACCUAGAGGCACCAUGGAGAGUUAGUCAUGGAAUAAAGCACUGGCCUUGCAGAUGAAAAACUGUCUCCAGAGCAAACUUCUGACAGGAAAGGUUUAGGUGCUGGAGAGUUGAAGAGGUAUAAGAAGAGAUCAUGCCCUCAUUUUUCACUUAUUUUUUUGGUUAUUCAUUUAUAAUAAAAGGUUGGCAUUGAUGUGGUCCAACCUGCAAAUUACUUGCAGUUCUGAGUUUCAGAUAAAACAUUAAAUUCAAUACAUACUGCUCCUUUGAAAUUUGGGUAAAAAAUUAUACAACCGUAUAUAUAGUCAUUUUUGUAUUUUUUCUAUGUUGUGAAAACCAAAAUUGUAAUUUUAUAAGUCUUUGAUUCACUAAAAUUAUAUAAUUUAAAUGUAUUUUUUGUAUAUUUAGAAAUAAGGAGUCCAGAGACUAUGCUUAACUUUCUAUGCAUGCAUUUGAAAGCUGUUUUUACCUGAUAAUGUUAAUGUGGUAAUAAGUUGUAUUCAUAAAAUACUGAUCUGUGUUGCAUUUCAAAAUAAACUGAUGUGUGCUCUGCCUGGAUUUGAAAUACCUA